GCGCUGGGCCCGGCGGUGGCGGCGGCGGCGGCGGCGGCCGAGGCUCUGGGGGACGGCCCCGACAGGAAACCGGAGGUGCCGGAGCUGGAGGAUCCCUCCUCGGAUUGGCGCCGGGGCGUGGAUCUCAUGGCCCCCCACGGCGGCGGCCCCGGCGGCGGCCCCGGCGGCGGCGUCGCCCCCCAGAAGCGCAAGCCCGACAUCGUCCUGCCGCUGUUCUCCCGCCCGGGGAUGUACCCGGACCCCCACAGCCCCUUCGCGGUGUCCCCGCUGGCCGCCGGCCGCGGGGGGGUCCUCAACGUGCCCAUCUCGCCGGCGCUGUCGCUCACGCCCACCCUGUUCUCCUACAGCCCCUCGCCGGGGCUCAGCCCCUUCACGGGCAGCAGCUGCUUCUCCUUCAACCCCGAGGAGAUGAAACACUACCUGCACUCCCAGGCCUGCUCCGUCUUCAACUACCACCUGAGCCCGCGGACUUUCCCCCGCUACCCGCUGGUGGUGCCGCCCCUGCAGUGCCAGGUGCCCCUGGAGGAGCAGCCCCAGUUCCCCAUCAAGCUCCAGCCGCCCCCCGUGGGCCGCAAGAACCGGGAGAGGCCGGGCAGCGCCGAGGAGCCGGCCCAGCUGAGGGUGAAGGUGGAACCCCCCGCCGACAGGGAGCCCCAGGAGCCCGAGGGGAGAGAUGGGCAGGAAGGUUCCGGAAUGAUGGAGCGGGACGAGGAGGAGGAGGAGGAGGACAAGGGGCCGGUGUUCGCCCGCCCGGCCGCUCCCUCCUGGCUCGCCCAACCCACCCAGUCCUCCUCGGAAGACCCCCCGGAGCAAGGGGAGAGCAGCAGCAGCAGCAGUGGAGGAGGAGGAGGAGGAGGAGUGGGGGGCGCGGAGAAGCCCCCCCGGGAUGGCAGCGCGGAAGGGGGAGCUCAGGAGAAGAGGGAGGACGCCCUGAUGCCCCCCAAGCUGCGCCUGAAGCGCCGCUGGAACGGGGACAGGCAGGUGGAGCCGCCCGAGCAGAGCGGGCUCUGGAACGGCCCCCCCAAGGCCGUGGCCGCCGCCUCCGACGCCUGA